AUGGAGAAGCGGCAGUCAUCGGCACAGGCCCAGGUUCACAUCGGCUAUGGGGACAGGGACCAGGCUGUUCAGUCCCUCCCAAACUUCCCCACCUGGUCAUUCCUCAGGUGCAAGAAAUUCCAGGCCAAGAUGCCACACGGUCAAGGGGGUCUCCGCCUUGGCACUCCCCCUGAGCUCCGCACCGACGGAGACGAGAGGCUGGGCGAGCUCUUCUCCAGCGCCACUGGCGGCUCUCCCCCUCGCCGCAUUGCGUGGGUCACAGGGGCUGGGGUUGGGGGUGACCCCGAGCCGCCAGGUCCGGGUGAUGGGCCCCCCGAAGCCGCCCAAACCAUCCCAACACCAGAGCCCCACAAGCCUCGCCCUGUGAGCCUCUCCUUGCGGCAGCCUCAUCAGCCAGUCACGGCCGUCACACGAGUCUCCGAGAAGUUCUCUGGGGAGACCUCAGCCACAGCUCUCUCGCCCACGUCUGCUGCCAUCCUGGGGGGCCUCAGCUCAAGCCCCAGCGCGGCCACCACAUCCUGGACUCCCAGUCCCAGUGCCCAGCCGCUGCCUCAUUUCACAUUCAGUGGGGUGGAGGCCCGGGGCCUGUGCGAGCUAGUGAUGGCCAGAUCUGUGCUCUUGACUCAGUGGUCUCUCCUCAGCCCACCUCGGGUGACGCCACCCCAGUCGUCCCCCUCCCCGCAGCCGCCAGCCACGACUCAGGCCCAUCGGCAGGGGGAGCGUCGCCGGGAGCUGGUGCAGUCACAGACGCUGCCCCGCACCUCGGGGGCACAGGCCCGGAAGGCAUUGUUUGAGAAAUGGGAGCAGGACACAGAAGCCAGCAAGGGGAAGGGCGAGACCCGGGCAAAGCUGAAGCGCUCACAGAGCUUCGGAGUGGCCAGCGCCAGCAGCAUCAAGCAGAUUCUGCUCGAGUGGUGUCGCAGCAAGACCAUCGGCUACCAGCUUCCUUGGGAAGCUCUGCACCACCUCACCCCCACCCCUGCGCUGCUGGAGCCUGGGGCCACUCUGGUCUGCAGCCCAAAUCCUGCCUCGUUGUGCUGGGGGGCCAGGCUGGGGUUGGAGAGAGGGCCUGGCAGGACGAGUCAGCUGAGACUACUUCUGUACACGGAUGUGGAGUCAAAUGGAGAGCUGCCUGCAGGGCCAUACGAAGAUGUUGCUGUUCCACGUCAAGUUCUGCAGGAGGCCCCCUAUCAGCCUCCAGAGAGCCCUGAGGAGGUGGAACCUUCUCCAGUCCAGGAGGAAGCUGCGUCUCAGCCUCCAGAGAGCCCCGAGGAGGUGCAACCUUCACUUGAGCAGGAGGCCCAGGCUCAGCCUGCAGAGCAUCCUGAGGAGGCGGAACCUCCUCCAUUCCCUCAGGAGGCCCAGGCUCAGCCUGCAGAGCGCCCUGAGUAUGACUCUGCCCCACUCCAGCAAGAGGCCCCAGCGCAAGUUCCGGGGUCCCCUGGUGAGAAUGUACCUCAGUUUCCAGCGAGUGAAGAGGCAGCAGCUCGACCUGGAAGUAACUAUCCAGCUCACUCCAAGCUGUCCAGUGUUACACUUAAACCUGUGGAUUUGGAACUUAUGGUCACUCCAGAGCCUGCUAAGGAAGGCGAGUUUACCGCAGCCCAGCAGGAGCCCCGGCCUCAGCCUCCUGAAUAUUCUGUGGAGGCAGAACCUUCUCCAACCCCGCAGGAUGCCACAGGUCAGCCUCCAGAGCCUCCUGAGGAAGCUGAGCCUUCUCCAGGUGAACAGGGACGACCGGCUCAGCCUUAUGAGCCUAAUGGGGAAGUUGUACCCUUCUCAACCCAGCAGGAGAGCCCAGCUCAGCCCACAGAGCAUCCUGAGGUGGUGAACCCAGCCACCCAGCAGGAGAGCCCAGCUCAGUCUCCAGCAGAGAUAGAGCCUUCCGCAACCCAGCAGGAAAGCACAGCUCAGCGUCCACAGUCUCCCGCUGAGGCCGAACCCUCUCCAGCUCAUUCUCAAGAUCAUGUGACAACAGCUUCUCCUCCAGGCCAGGAUCAAGCUCAGUCUCUGCAGUGGCCCAGUGUCACUGUUAAACCUGUGGACCUUGCACUCACCAUAACUUCAGGGCCCACAAGUGAAGCUGGACCUUCUCCGCCCCAACAGGAGGCCUCAUCUCAGUCUGCAGGGUCCCCUGAGCAGUUGGAACCGUUACUGGUCGAGCAGGAGGUUCCGGAACAGCCUCCAGCCCCCUCAGGAAAUGGUGAACCUUCUCCAGUCCAGCUUGAGCCCCCAACUCAGCCUCCAGAGACCUCUACAGCUGCCACAGCUCAACAUCCAGUACAUAAUGAGGUGACGUUCUCACCUGCAGGGCCAGGUGAAGCUCAGCAUCCAGUGAUGCCUAGUACCAUAGGCAAACCCCUGGAUCUCACAGUUGUCAUCACUCCAGAGCCUGCUAAGGAGGCUGAAAGUUCCCCAGAGCAGCAGGAGGGCUCUGCUCAUUUUCCCGUUUCCCCCGAGCAGGCUGAAAUUUCUCCAGUCCAGUCUAAGCCUCUUUCUCCGUCUCCGGAGCACCCUGGGAAGGUUGAAUCUCCCAGGACAACAAGAGGCCACAGCUCAGACUACAGGUCCCCCUGAGGGGGUGGGGCUUUCUUCGGUCCAGGAGGAAGCCCCGUCUCAACCUCCAGAGCCACCUAAGGAGGUUGAGAUGACAGUUGGAAGACCAGGACAGAAUCACGCUCAGCAUUCCAGCUCGCCCAGUGUCACUCAUAAAGCUUUGGACCUGGGGCUGACCGAGGCCUGGCUCAGACGCAGCAGCCUGAGGGCACCAGGGAGGCCCGGCUGCAGCAGGGGCGGUGGGGUCUGUCCUCUCCCACCCUCAUCUCAGCAUCAGGAAAAUCUGUUCACUGUAGACUGGAGGGACUAGGGGCUGGAGACGGGGGAGAGCCAUGAAAACAGCUCCUUCCUUAAAAGAAAGGGUGGACAAAUCACUCCAUCGUUACUCUUCGUGUCUAGGGAGACAGAGAGAUGGAAAGAGAGACCAGGGUAAGGACUGAGACAAGAAUGAAAAAUACAGAGAAGCACAGAAGUACAGAGAGUGUAGACAGAAAGGUGCCAAGACAGAAAUAGAUACAGACACUGGGAGACAGAGAAACACACACCUGGAGGGUGUCUGGAUGGAAGGUGCUGGGAGACGGGGUGGGGCUGAGUCAGAACUGAUGUGGGGGGAUGGUCGUGCAGGAAGCCGAGCCGCUGAGGCCCUGAGGGUUUGGGGUCCUUGGGGAGUCUGGGACAGAAGGGCCUAGAGCCACGGGUUCCCCACCUACCAGUAUGGCCUAUCCAAGGACGGGGCUGGGGCUGAAGUAGGUGUGCGGAAGUGUAUCCAGUCCCCUCCCAAGGCUGCUGGCCUGGGGUCCCUGGAGCUGGGGACAGGUGCCUGCCUUUCCGCGUCCUCCUCCCGAACUGUGCCAGCUGGCCCCGUCCCCCCACCCCAGGCCAGUGUCAGGUUCCAGGCUGUUCCCCGGGGGAACUUUGAUCUGGAAAGAAUGAGGGUGACCGAGCUGGCGGCUGCCCAGGGCCGAGCCGUGCCACUGAGACCUGGCCUGGGCUGCCCCUGCCACCUUCCCACCUGUGGGGGCACCAGGCAGUCACUCCAGGGCUCAGGAGACACAGGUGGGGUCUCUUCUGCUUUCCUGCCCCCCUGUUCUCUCCACUUCCAUUCACUGUUCAGUCACUAGUUCCUGCACUGCUCCAUUCGGCGCCCCUCCCUUCACUCACUCAUUCAAAUGGCUGAUGGAGCUGGGGGCUGGGCCAGGGGUCAGAGGGAUGAGAGAGGCAGGGCCUUGCCCUCUCAGGAGCCCCAGAGAUCACUACUCAAGACAGACAGCAGCUCCACACUGGAGGAGGGAGCCAGGGCAGGAGAGGAGGGAUAUAUUUCAAUGGGCAUGGUGGGCGGGGAGGGGAGGGGAGGAGUGGUAACAGGCCUCAUCAGGGACGGCUUCCUGGAGGAGGUGGCAUUUAAACUGGGCUCUGAAGACCUAAAGAAGGGAGUCUGCCAGACAGGAUGGCAAGUGGAAGGGAUGCUUCAGGCAGUGGGACCAGGGCAGCCACAAAGGCAGAAGUGUGGGAGUUUGUGCAUUUUGCCGGAAGGGCCUUGAAAUGCACCUUAAGGCAUUCGACCCACUGUUGGUGGAGGGGAGUCAUGGGUCAGAGGGAUAGUUUUGUUAGAGAAAGGAGACUCGGGGGGGCUUGCAGGGGAGGUGGCAGCCUGGUGGUGUGGGUGCUGGUCUCCUCCAGGCUUCCCCAAGGAGGUGCUAGCGCCCGCAGAGACCUCCCGUACCGCUCCAGCCCCAAGGGGGACUCCAGAAUGAUUCUGAGGAAGCCCAGCUUGUGUGUGGGCUGCAAAAGGCUUUGGAGGGCCCUGGCCCAGGCCAGAGCCCAGCCCCCUGCCUCUGCCCAGCCUCCCCACCCCCACUGCUUACUUGGAGUGACACAGCCUUUUUCUGGGCUGAAAGCAGACACUGCCUGGCCUGCGGGGCCCCUGGGGAAGGCCCAGGGAGCCACAGCCCUGGAGCUCUGCCUCCCCCAGUC